GUAACCACGGCCGACUCAGUGUUGCAAUUUUUUGGCGGUCGCCUAGUGCCUAGUGCCUAGUCGCUGUGUUUUGGAUAGCUUCGUUUGUUCAGAUCUUUCUUCUGGGGUAAAUUUCAAGCACUUCAAGGAGCAAAGGAGAACGCCGAUACGGAUGGACUGGUUUUGACUCUGUGCAAGCCAGCGGAAAUAUUUCGCCGAAGUACUAUUUACAAAAUGAGCCAGGCAACACGACACACAAAGAAACUUUCAAUCAUCUCAAGUGGUCCUGUGCCCCCUUCGUGAUCGUCCAUGCCUACUUACGAACCUGAUCACAGCCAGCAAUUCUAAUGGAACCGAUCCAGUCCUCAAGUCUUGAUGAUGGAGCCACAUUGUUGGGAGAGUCCAGCUGCACAUUGAAGGCCACCGAGGACGCCUUGUUUGGAUGCUGUUCCUGCGCCUAUGUCACCAGAGAUCAGCGUGGAAUUGUGAGCCACCUGGCUGCCUAUGGUGAUGAACAAUCCAAGUGCCAGCAUCCUCCCAUGUCUGGGUCCAAGUCCCAAGUGCUGAGCAAAACCCAAAAGCACAAGAGUGAAACGCCACAUAAGUGCGAGCUUUGCCCCGAAGAGUUUGCUUAUAAUUACCUUCUGGCCUACCAUAUUCGAACACACACUGGUGAAAAGCCAUUUAAGUGCAUGCAAUGUCCCAAAGUCUUCUCUAAACAUUUCCUUCUUACCCGCCAUAAUCAAACACACACUAGUGGGAAACCUUACAAAUGUGAGCUGUGCCCCAAAGCCUUUGCUCUAAAUUACCAUCUGCAAAUCCAUAAUCAAACGCAUACUGGUGAAAAGCCAUUUAAGUGCACACAGUGCCCCCAAGCCUUUGCUCGAAAUUCCCAUCUGCUGCGCCAUAAUCGAUUACACACUGGUGAAAAGCCAUUUAAGUGCAAGCAGUGCCCCAAAGCCUUUGCUCGAAAUUCCGGUCUGAGACGCCAUAAUCAAACGCACACAGGAGAAAAGCCAUUUAAGUGUAAGCAGUGCCCCAAAGCCUUUUCUCAAAAUUGCAAUCUGCAAAGCCAUAAUCGAACGCACACAGGGGAAAAGCCAUUUAAGUGCAAACAGUGCCCCCGAGCCUUUUCUCAUAAUAUCAGUCUUAUCCAUCAUUAUCGAAUACACAGUGUUUAAAAACCUUACAAGUAAAAACAAUGCCCAAGAGAUUGCUCAGAAUUUUAGUUUUCCGCUAGGACGGAUGCACAUGUGCAGAAUGCCUUCCAGUUGACCCUGCCCUGUGUGUAAUCAUUGAACUUGUGCAGAAAUUUAUGCAAUUUCAAUUGUAGCAUAGUUAGUAUUCUCCUGCGGCUAAUGUGCAGGUUGCACAUGAUGCAUUCUUGAUAAAUCGCCAUCUUUGGGUCAAUCCCUGACAGCUGCGCCCGCACGGCUCCACCAGGACCAGCCACAAUAUGCCACGAAUCUUUCUCUGGUGUUAACAUUGGAAUUUGCAGUGCCAAUAUGGUGUCGUGCGUGACAAUCAGCCGCCCCACCAAGUCGCAGUCGAACAAAAAUCACACGAGUACACUUAAGACUACUUACGUGUGGGAAGUCGAAAGGCAUUAUAGUCCCAUGGGAGAAAUGUUUUUCGAGUAAUGUUUCUACACAUUAAAGUUUAGGACGGCGUAUACGACGACAUCGAGGACGACCUUAAGGACGACGUCAAGAACAAUGCCUAGAGGUCGACGUCGAGAACGACGCCUAGAGGAGGACACUUAAGGAGGUUGUGGCGUGUUUGCAUGGGCAGCCACGUUUGCCUCCGGUAGCCACCGUAGAUGUAGACGCUGCUGCCGAUGUCGAGGCCGUAUAUGUACACGUGGUCACAUCACAGUCCACCGCACGAAGCACACAAUGAUCACAGAUGAAGUCCGAAGCACACCUUUUGCACAUGGCACUCCGGCGGUGACAUCACGCUAAUGACGCUGGAUGACAUAUUUUUAUGGGCAUAUUUCGGCCACAACGCCGACGGACGCCUUUUGUUUUUCACUUACUGUGACAACGGAGGUUGUCCUAGAGGUCUAGGACGGCCGCAAGGGCGACGGGUGUUUUUGAACAUACGAUUGAGCAGCGCGUGCCACUCAAUCACAUUUUAUGGCCGUUUACUCCAAUUUGUCAUUCAAUAAGACAAGUAAGGCUUUCGCCUUAAAGGAGCCCUCCAACAGUAUUUGAGCGUCGACUUUUUUUUGCGGUUUCUACACGCUAGUGGUCUCAGAAACC